AAGUGAAUACUAUAAGUACCAUUCUGGCCAAAAUGGCAAAAUUAGUGCUCGGGAUCAACUUCUUAUAUUUCUCUGGUAUAUUGGCCAUCAAACUGCUAGUUUUCGAGAUGUAGCAGAUAGGUUUGAUGUUUCAAAAAGUAGUUUGGAGAGAAUAAUAAUACGAAUAACAUAUUUCUUAAGCAAUAUGUCUAAAAAUAUAAUAAAAUGGCCAAAUAAUGAGGAAAAAGUUAAUAUCGAGAGACAGAGAUGGAAGUCACAUUAAAAUAGACAAACCAUGUGUAGAUCCAGAAUCAUACAUAAACCGGAAAGGAUUUUACUCUAUUCAUAUGCAGGUUGUCUGUGGUCAUAAAAUGGAAAUAAGAGAUAUAUUUGUUGGAUUUCCGGGAUCUGUUCACGAUAGCCGGGUCUUCAAGAGGUCCUCGCUUUCAAGAACACUGCAGCAAAAAUGUAGAGAUAUGUAUAUUAUUGGAGAUAGUGGCUAUCCUCUUCAGAGACACCUAUUAACACCUUUUAAAAAUAGGGGACGUCUUACUAGACGUCAGAUGAAUUAUAAUACUGUUUUGUCACGCAAUAGAUACAUUAUCGAGCAUUGUUUUGGUAGACUCAAACAAAAAUUCAGACAAUUAUACCACUUAAAAGUGAGAAACAAUUGACUUAUGACACAUAUGAUACGUGUUAGUUGUGUUUUACAUAAUAUAUCUUUGAAUGAUGAAUUUAUUAUGCAUGAAAACAACCAUAUUCAACAAGAAUUU